AGCAUCCUUCAGGCGGAAGUAGACGUAGGGAAUUUUUUUAAGUUCUUUGACUUGCGCACUAGCUGCUAGGGUGUUGUCGGAUAGUUCUUUUCCUUCAAAAGUUUUUCCAAUGCGGGGGUGACAAAAGUGUUGAGACCGUGGAAGUUUGCAAAAGAGAAGGAGAGGAGAGUGCGCCUUAGAGGGGGAUCAUUAAGGCUGAGGAACCGCUCUUGUACGUGAAAAUCGAGUUACACACUUUUCCGCAUGAUUUUAUUUAUUUUUCCGCGAACACGGUAACAGGAGAGUUACCGCAGAUCCCAGAAGCUGCAGGGAGAGAGGGAACUUGAUUAGUUAUAGAAAGUUUCAACUUCCAGUUAACACGGACUAAACCAUGCGUUUUCUACGCGUUGUGAUCUUAUUGACUUUUUGGGCUGCAUGCAGCCAUUGUGCAAUGGAUGAAUGUGUGGACGAAUCCGCUCGGCCUCAACGGUGCAUGCCCGAGUUCGUCAACGCCGCUUUCAAUGUAACCGUGGUAGCUACCAACACUUGCGGCUCCCCUCCCGAAGAAUACUGUGUACAGACCGGAGUGACAGGGGUCACGAAGUCGUGCCACAUCUGCAAUGCCAGGGACCCUAAGCAACAUCAUAGCGCUGUGUACCUCACUGAUUAUAACAACCAAAUGGAUACCACCUGGUGGCAAAGUCAAACUAUGUUGGCAGGCAUCCAGUAUCCCAACUCCAUCAAUCUGACGCUUCACUUGGGCAAGUCCUUUGACAUCACCUAUGUGCGCCUCAAGUUCCACACCAGCCGCCCGGAGAGCUUCGCCAUCUACAAGCGCACCAGUGAGGAUGGGCCAUGGGUCCCAUACCAGUACUACAGCGGCUCCUGCCAGAAGACCUACAGCAAGAUGAACCGCGGCUUCAUCCGCACCGGCGAGGACGAGCAGCAGGCCCUCUGCACAGACGAGUUCAGCGACAUCUCCCCCCUCACCGGAGGAAACGUGGCCUUCUCCACGCUCGAGGGACGCCCCAGUGCAUACAACUUCGAUAACAGCCCCACCCUGCAGGAAUGGGUGACCGCCACAGACAUCCGGGUGACCCUGAACAGGCUCAACACGUUCGGAGACGAGGUGUUCAAUGACCCCAAGGUCCUCAAGUCCUACUACUACGCCAUCUCGGACUUUGCCGUGGGCGGAAGGUGCAAGUGCAAUGGCCAUGCCAGCGAGUGUGAGAAGACUGCGUACAGCAGCAAGCUGGUGUGCAACUGCAAGCACAACACAGAAGGAGAUGACUGCCAAAGAUGCCAGCCCUUCUACAAUGACCGCCCCUGGAGGAGAGGAACGGCCGAGAACCCCAACGAGUGCUUGCCUUGUAACUGCAAUGGCAAGAGUUCCGAGUGCUACUUCGACUCGGAGCUGUACCGCGCCACCGGCCACGGAGGCCACUGCCGCAACUGCGCCGACAACUUCGACGGGCCCAACUGCGAGCGCUGCCUGGACAAUUACUACCGGGAGGCAACUGGCAGCCGGUGCCUGCAGUGCGGCUGUAACUCCGUGGGUUCGCUGAGCACCCAGUGUGACCCCACAGGGCGCUGCAGCUGCAAGCCAGGGGUGAUGGGGGAUAAGUGCGACCGCUGCCAGCCGGGAUUCCACACCCUGACCGAGGCAGGCUGCAGACCCUGCUCCUGUAACCCUUCCGGAAGCACACAGGAGUGUGAUGUGCAGACGGGACGCUGCCAGUGCAAGGACAAUGUGGAAGGCUUCAGCUGUGACAGGUGUAAGCUGGGCUACUUCAACUUGGACCCCCAGAACCCUCAGGGCUGCACCCCCUGCUUCUGCUUCCAGCACUCGUCGGUGUGUGACAGCGCCGAAGGCUACAGCAUCGACACCAUCACCUCUACCUUCGACCGCGGUGACGAGCAGUGGACAGCCCAGCGCAGGGACACCUCUAGUGCUGACGUCCAGUGGUCUCCCAGCACACAGGACAUCUCUCUCAUCUCAGAGGACUACUUCCCCAUUUAUUUUGUGGCUCCAGAAAAGUUCCUGGGUAGUCAGCUGCUAAGCUUUGCCCAGAAUCUAACAUUCAACUUCCGCUCGGACCGCCGUGAUACCCGCCUCUCAGCAGAGGAUGUCGUACUUGAGGGAGCCGGACUUCGCGUCACUGUGCCGCUCAUUGCCCAGGGCAACGCCUACCCAGAGGAGACCUACAAGACUUAUGUGUUCAGGCUCCAUGACACCACUGACUAUCCGUGGAGGCCCAACCUUGGUCCCGGUGACUUCCAGAAGCUCCUGCACAACCUGACGGCCAUCAAAAUCCGGGGCACCUACAGUGAGAGAAGUGCCGGCUACCUUGAUACUGUUGCCCUGACGACGGCCCGCCGAGGCCCUGGCACCCCUGCCCGCUGGGUAGAGAAGUGCACCUGCCCCCAGGGCUACGUGGGGCAGCACUGCGAGCAAUGCACUCUGGGAUACCGGAGGGCCAACCCUGAGCUGGGCCUUUUCAGCCCUUGCGAACGCUGCAAUUGCAAUGGCCACAGUGAUAGCUGUGACCCAGUGACUGGAAUGUGUGAGUGCCAGCACAACACAGCUGGAUUGAGCUGCGAGAGAUGCAAGGACGGUUUCUAUGGCGACUCCACCGUGGGCACCUCCUCUGACUGCAAGCCCUGCCCGUGCCCAGGAGGCGCCACCUGUGCCGUCGUGCCCAAGACCAGAGAGGUGGUGUGCACCAACUGCCCUGUUGGCACCACCGGCAAGCGCUGUGAGCUGUGUGACGACGGCUUUUUCGGGGACCCCCUGGGCCAGGACGGGCCUGUGAGGGCAUGCCGCGCCUGUACCUGCAGCGAAAACAUCGACCCCAACGCCGUGGGCAACUGUAACCGGGAGACUGGCGAGUGCCUCAAGUGCAUCUACAACACCGACGGCUUCUUCUGUGACCGCUGCAAAGAGGGUUUCUUUGGCAACGCUCUGGCCAGCAACCCUGCCGAGAAGUGCAGAGCCUGCGCCUGCUCCCCCUACGGUACUGUGGAUCAGCAGACCUCCUGUCUGCAGGUCACCGGGCAGUGCCAGUGUCUCCCCCACGUGACCAACCGUGAUUGCAGCGCCUGUGAUCCCGGAUUCUACAACCUGCAGAGUGGCAAGGGUUGCGACAGAUGCAAUUGCAGCCCGAUUGGCUCGACCAGCGGUCAGUGUGACAUCCUUAGCGGCCAGUGUGAGUGCCAGCCAGGAGUCACAGGUCAACAGUGUGACCGCUGUGAGGUCAACUUCUUUGGAUUUGGCUCGUCCGGCUGCAAACCCUGCGACUGUGACCCAGAGGGUUCCCAAACGGCGCAGUGCAAGGAAGACGGCCGCUGCGAGUGCCGCUCCGGCUUCGUGGGCGCUCGCUGCGACAUGUGCGAGGAGAACUACUUCUACAACCGCUCCACCCCUGGCUGCCAGCAGUGCCCCAACUGCUACGGCCUGGUCAGGGACAAGGUGAACCAGCAGAGGCAGAAGCUGCACGACCUGCAGACUCUGAUUGACAACCUUGGCACGAGUACGGAGACGGUCAGUGACAAGGCGUUUGAGGCGCGGCUCAAAGAAGCAGAGAAGGCCAUCAUGGACCUGUUGGAGGAGGCCCAGAGCAGCAAAGAUGUGGACGAAGGCCUGUUGGAACGUCUCAACAACAUCAACAACACCCUGUCUACCCAGUGGAACCGGCUGCAGAACAUCCGCAACACGGUGGACAACACAGGCACGCAGGCGGAGAAGGCCCAGAAGCGCGUUCAGGAUGCCGAGAGCCUGAUCGACAGAGCUCGCCAGGAGCUGGACAAGGCCAAGGAUGCCAUCAGUAAAGUGGACAUCAAACCACUCACAACCGCUGGAGGUCCAAACAACAUGACUCUUCUGGCAGAGGAGGCCCGCAACCUGGCUGACAAACAUAAAAUGGAUGCAGAUCAGAUCGAGAAGAUUGCCAAAGACGCAAACGACACAUCUACCAAGGCAUACAAUCUGCUGAAGAAGACCCUGGAUGGCGAGGGAAAGACCAGCAAUGACAUAGAUGAGCUGAACAGGAAAUACACUGAGGCCAAGGAUCUGGCAAAGAACCUGGAAAAGCAGUCUAACAAGGUGUUGGCUGAGGCAGAGGAGGCAGGAGACAAAGCCAACAAGAUUCUGGCCAACGUCACAAGCUUACCACCCUUCGACACCAAAUCACUGGAGGAUGAAGCCAGCAAGAUCAAGAAGGAGGCGUCAGACCUGGACAAGCUCAUCGACAAGACGGAGAAGGAGUACAACGACCUGAGGGAAGACCUCCGGGGCAAAGAGUCAGAGGUUCGCAAACUGCUGGACAAGGGCAAGACCGAGCAGCAGACGGCGGACCAGUUGCUUGCCCGUGCAGAUGCUGCCAAGGCCCUGGCUGAGGAGGCUGCCAAGAAAGGCAGGUCCACGUACCAGGAGGCUCAGGACAUCCUCACCAACCUCAGAGAUUUCGAUAAGAGGGUGAACGACAACAAGACGGCGGCAGAAGAGGCCAUGAAGCGUAUCCCAGAAAUCAAUGCAACUAUUAUUGCAGCCAAUGAGAAGACCAAGCAGGCUGAAUCGGCACUUGGCAAUGCAGCAUCCGACGCCAAGGACGCCAAGGCUAAAGCCGAGGAAGCAGAGAAGAUCGCCAGUGCUGUGCAGAAGGGCUCAGCAAAGACGAAGGCAGAGGCAGAAAAGGCCUUUGAGGACACCAAGAAACUGGAUGGAGAGGUGGACAGCAUGCUGGAACAGCUGUCGGCUGCUGAGAACGAGCUGAAGAAGAAGAAGGCCGAGGCUGACCAGGACAUGAUGAUGGCUGGCAUGGCAUCAGACAAUGCUAAAGAUGCUGAGGACAAUGCCCGCAAAGCCAAGAGUGCAGUCAGGAUGGUUCUCCACACAAUCAAUGAAUUACUGAAGCAGCUAGGCAACAUUGACAAAGUGGACCUGAGCAAGCUGGAGCAGAUUGACGGCUCCCUGAAGCAGGCCAAGGAGAAGAUGAACAGCAGCGAGCUGGACAAGAAGCUGAAGGAGCUGGACAGCGUGGCCAAGGACCAGGAGAUGAUGAUCAGUGACUACGACCGGCAGAUCCGUGAGAUCCACGCAGACAUCGCCAACCUCAACGACAUCAAGAACACGCUACCUGACGGCUGCUUCAACACCCCGUCGAUUGAGAAGCCUUAACUUCUUCUCCCGGCCUCCUCCUUCUCCUCUUCCUCCUCCUUUCUCCAUGCCCCUCUGUUCUUGUUUUUACCACUCCUUCCACCACCUGUCUUGGGCAAAAAAAAAUCGCCACGUUUUACCAAAAUAGGUUUUAUUUUGUCUUUGUGUUUUUUUUUGUUUUUGUGUUGUUUUUUUGGUUAUGUGUUUUACUUGUCUAAUUUUUUUUUUUUUUUUUUUUUUUAAGAGAGAAGCCAGCGUUUCAGACUGAUGAUGAUUUUCACGGUCGAAAUGGGAGACCAGCAGCUUUUCUCUGUAAAAAUUCUGCCAUUUUAAGUACAGAAGACGUGAAAACGACUAAAACUAAAUGGUCACCACCGCCCGUGCCACCCCAUACCCCCUGGCAGGCUGGCGCUGAGGGGGAGGGGUUGAGAGGGAGGGUAGGGUAGGGCCCCUCGGAGCUGAACAGACACCCACAUGACUGCACCACUUCCAGACUCUUCCACACUCCACCCACAGUUCGCUACCCCUCACCCCCAACGACCCCUCCAUCUCCGAAGGAAUGUCCCGUCGUUUAGCCCAUCACUCCAGGCAGAAGGACAUGCUGGGUUUGGUUGGGAUUUUUUUUUGGGGGGGGGGGGGGGGGGAGGAAGUCAGUGUUUUUUGUUUUUGUUUUCUUUUUCUUUGUUUUUUUUUUUUUUUUUUCAAAGACCUGCAGUACCGUAUGUGCCAUGCCAUUGUCUGUGUUACCCCUGCCUCAUUUCAGAACUAGCAGUGAAGGAAUCGUCUUUUGCUUUUCUGCUGUCAGAUAUGCCUCCGGCCUUUCCCUCGGGAGACCGGCCAGGUGUGUGAUGACUGUGGAGAACAUACGUCUGGCUUACACCUGGCUCAUUGAACAACAGUAUUCCACCUGUCCUUUCCUCAUCGCCCGCUCCCACACUCCGGAGAGUCUUGUUAUUGGGCGGCUACUCCUGCUCUCCUGCUUUUCAGGCAUGUUUGUAUUUGUCGACGAUCCACUACGGUUUGAAAUUGUCAUGUGAUUACUUGUUUUUAACACUACAAAAGCAUAUUUUAUUUGUCUUGUUCUUUUUUUUGCCGAAGCUGCUGCUUAAUACAGGUGUACUGCAAAUCACACAUUAACAAAAGGCAAAAUCCCACACUAUGCAACUUUGUACAUUUGCGUAGCAAGACUUUAUCUGAUACACUGGUGCUAAUUAUUAUUUCAAAUGUUAUAUUUUUGUGUGAAUGUUUUUUUUAUUAUGAUAUAGAGUGAGGACUUGUUAUUUGUGUAAAUAAGUGCGUAAAUGAUUCAGGACUGGCUGAUUUUACAACCCAAGACCCAACCAGCCACCUCGUAUAGAUUCACAAAGAAAAAUCAGCGGAAACCUCCACGUAAUAUAUAAAUAUCUAAUAAGGUCUGUGGUAUAAUAUGCUUGCUUGUAUACAUGGCUCAGUGUUGUUGCCUCAUAGCUCUGCCAUUUUAUUUUAUUUUUGUGUUUAAAGAAAUUUCAGUGGGUGGUUAAUAAUUAUUGAAAAGAGUCUUUGGUAAGCAGAACCUCUUCUAUAAACAUUGACUGACAAACCCAGCCUCACCUUUGAGUUAGCGUGGCCUUUCCCUACAUCCACUGUAUGCCUAACAUUUCAUUUUACUGAAUUAUAUGCUUGAAUUAAGACAAAUAAGCUUGGUCAUGUUGCUAGUUAACCAUUUUUAUUAGUGUUUUGUGCCUUAAUCUUCGGACGUAUACUUCACUGAGUCCUAACGUUUUGUGUUCUUGACAAAGGCAUCAAAUCUAAAUUUUAAAAAAAAAUACAUUUUCACUGAUGUCCUCAAAUUUCAAUCUAAAAGCAGGGAACUUCCUGAGAGGUCCAUACCAACACCAUACAUCUGUUUUUUCAUCACAAAAGGAUUUAGCAUUUCAAUCUAUUUAGUAAACAAAAUAGCUCAAAAUAGCCUCCAUCAGCUCCCUUUUUGACAAGCAUUUACUUAAGUUACAAACCUCUCAUGUUAAGUAGUGAUUUUUUUUUAUUUUAUUUUUUUUGUUGAAGUUAGCAAAAGACAAGCUCUUUAGUACCACUUUGACUUACCUUGUCUUGAUAAGGUCUCCCAGCCACUGGUGAAAAGAUUUGCAACACAUACAAUUUUUAUGUAUAAAACAGUAUUUCUAAUUUAUAAUGUACCAAGUAUUUGUAAUCUGUUGUUGUUAAGUAUGUGUGUGUAAUGCAGUCUUUUUGUGGUCCUUACCUAUGGAGGAUACUACUGUAUUUAUCAGCAUCUGUGUAUGUCAAGGUAGUCUUUUUACACAAACCCAAAAGGACCCGAAAACACCCUGCUUGUUACCCCCAUUUGCCUGUAAAUCAAAUCGUAACAUUUGAAUAAUAAACAAUUGUUAUUACCGGA